GCGUCGACUUCAGUCGAUAUUAAAGGCGUCGUACAAUAUUGUUACGAGUGAAGCGUCUUUCAUUCAGUGAUAUGUGUCAGUACGCUCCUUGCGUAGUGAGCAGUAGUGAGUGGUAGUGAGCGACGGUCAGUGAGUGAAUGUAACUGCAGUCGAGUGAAAGAGAAAACGCGUCUUCUAUAGGGUGUAACCAAGAUUUCAUCAGGGCAAUGUUACCAUGAUGACUCUGAAAUAUUUAAUUCUUCUAUUCGCGGUGGCAGGAGCCCCUUUAACUAGAGCAUAUGAUUACGGUUGCAACCUGCCCUUACUUGACAGAGCCCAGCUGAAGGCCACAACUUCUCUGCCUGAAAGAGGUCCUAAGAAUGCUAGGCUCAAUGGGGAAUCCGCGUGGUCACCGGAAGUUAGCAGUUACGAUCAACACCUGACAAUCGAGCUGAGCGAGACAUCCGAGAUACGCAGCAUCGCAACGCGUGGUCGUGCUCACACUAACGAAUAUGUCACUGAAUAUAUCAUCCAGUUUUCGCAUGACGGUCAGGCCUGGACCAGUUAUGAGAGCCAGGAUGGUGUCGAUGAGAUGUUCAAAGGAAACAUCGAUGGAGACACUAUAAAGUUGAACAGAUUUGGCGUGCCUAUUAUUGCACAGUGGAUCAGAAUAAAUCCUACUCGAUGGAGAGACAGGAUAUCCCUGAGGGUUGAGCUCUACGGAUGCGAAUAUGUGUCCAACCUACUUUCUUUCAAUGGCCUUUCUCUAGUUCGUUUGGAUCUUUUGCGGGACCCUAUUGAAACUGAUAGGCAUGCUAUCAGUUUCCGCUUUAAGACAAAUUACGCAGAUGGGGUACUCAUGUACUCUCGUGGCACGCAAGGCGACUUUAUUGGUUUGCAAUUGCGCGACAAUAGGAUGCUGUUGAACAUCGAUCUUGGCUCUGGCGUAAUGACCAGCCUAUCCGUCGGAAGUCUCUUGGACGACAACAUAUGGCAUGACGUUCUUAUAUCCAGAAACAGGAAAGAUAUUUCCUUUUCCGUCGACAGAGUACUUAUUAAGGGUAGAAUUAAGGGAGAAUUUCAUCGUUUGGACUUGAACAGGGCUCUUUAUAUAGGGGGUGUACCUAAUAAACAAGAAGGUUUGGUGGUAAACCAGAACUUCACGGGAUGCAUUGAUAAUUUCUAUCUAAACUCAACGAAUCUUAUUCACGACCUAAGAGAUGCGGAAAUGACGGGAGAGAAUCUUCGAUAUCACAAGGUCAACAUUAUCUAUGGCUGUCCGGAACCUCAGAUUGUUCCAGUGACCUUUUUAACUCCUGGGUCUUACGCGAGGCUCAAAGGCUACGAGGGUGUAUAUUCCAUGAACGUUUCUCUUGCUUUUCGCAGUUACGAGGAUCGUGGGUUGAUCCUCUUCCACGAGUUCACGUCCCCAGGAUACGUACAGUUGUUCCUGGACGAGGGUAAAUUGAAGGUGGAAAUAAAAACUAAUGAUAAUCCUAAAGUUAUCUUGGAUAACUUUGACGAGAAAUUCAAUGACGGAAGGUGGCACUUAGUCAUUUUGACAAUUUCGAAAAAUAGUUUGAUAGUGAAUGUCGAUGGUCAAGCCAUGAGGACAAAACGCAUCCUCGAUAUGGUCACUGGACCAGUGUAUCUAGUGGGUGGGACAAUUGGCGGCAUGUCACGCAUUCGUGGUUUCGUUGGCUGCAUGAGAAUGAUAAGUAUCGAUGGAAAUUACAAAUUGCCUACCAAUUGGAAGGACGAUGAGUAUUGCUGUAAGAACGAGAUCAUGUUUGAUGCUUGUCAAAUGGUGGACCGAUGUAACCCCAAUCCAUGCAAGCACGCCGGAAUCUGUAGUCAGAAUUCCAAUGAAUUCUUUUGUGAUUGCGGAAACACUGGAUAUGCUGGAGCGGUUUGUCACACGUCUGUGAAUCCUCUUUCGUGCGAGGCCUAUAAAAACAUGAAUUCGGUCAAUCAGAAGGCAGAAAUAAAGAUCGACGUCGACGGAAGUGGACCAUUACGGCCAUUCCCAGUGACUUGUGAAUUCUACGCCGAUUCUCGAGUACUGACAAUACUACGUCACAGCAACGAACAACCUACUCCUGUAGAUGGUUUUGAGGAACCAGGCAGUUUUAUUCAGGAUAUCAAUUACGAUGCUGAUCUCGAUCAGAUUGAGGCACUUCUUAAUCGAUCUACUACUUGCAGACAGAGGAUUAAUUACGCUUGCAAACACGCCAAGCUCCUUAAUACACCAGUUCCUCAGGGUGAAGUCUUUAGACCUAGUUCCUGGUGGGUGAGUAGACGCAAUCAGAAAAUGGAUUAUUGGGGUGGUGCCUUGCCUGGUUCACGAAAAUGCGAAUGUGGUAUCCUUGGUACCUGUGCUGAGCCAUCAAAAUGGUGCAAUUGCGACUCUGGCCUCGAAGGGUGGUUAGAAGAUGGUGGCGACAUCACUGAGAAGGAAUAUCUUCCGGUUAAGCAGUUAAGGUUUGGUGAUACGGGUACUCCUCUGGACGAAAAAGAAGGGCGAUACACGCUGAGCUCACUGAUAUGCGAAGGCGAUGACUUAUUCACAAACGUGGUGACUUUUCGAAUUGUCGAUGCCACAAUAAAUCUGCCAACCUUUGACAUCGGUCACAGCGGAGAUAUUUACUUUGAAUUCAGAACGACUAUCGAAAACGCUGUGAUUAUUCAUAGCAAAGGUCCCACGGAUUACAUAAAAGUUUCCAUAAACGGCGGAAACCAAAUUCAAUUCCAAUAUCAGGCCGGUGGCAGCCCACUGGCCGUGACGGUACAAACUUCCUACAGCCUUGCAAAUAAUCGCUGGCACUCGGUGUCGGUCGAGAGGAAUCGCAAGGAGGCCAGGAUCGUCAUCGACGGGGCAUUGAAAAACGAAGUUAGAGAACCUCCAGGUCCAGUCCGUGCCCUGCAUCUUACCUCGGACUUCGUAGUGGGUGCAACCACUGAUUACCGAGAUGGUUUCGUCGGAUGUAUCAGAGCUCUUCUUCUGAAUGGACAACUCCAAGACUUGAGAAGCCACGCCAGACGUGGACUCUAUGGCAUCAGUCAGGAUUGCGUUGGCAAAUGCGAGAGCAGUCCUUGCCUGAACAAUGGAACCUGCCACGAGAGAUAUGAUGGUUAUUGGUGCGACUGCCGUUGGACGGCAUUCAAGGGUCCCAUCUGCGCUGAUGAAAUUGGUGUCAAUAUGCAGGAGAGCUCUAUGAUCAAGUACGACUUCAUGGGCAGUUGGCGUUCUACGAUAGCUGAGAAGAUUCGAGUUGGUUUCACUACGACGAAUCAAAAGGGAUUCCUUUUGGGAUUGUUCUCAAAUAUAUCCGGAGAAUAUAUGACGAUAAUGGUGUCGAACAGCGGUCACUUGCGCGUCGUCUUUGACUUUGGGUUCGAGAGACAGGAGGUUAUCUUUCCAAAAAAGCACUUUGGAUUGUCACAGUAUCAUGAUGUCCGAAUAAGCAGGAAGAAUUCCGGCGCCACGCUGGUUAUGCAGGUCGACAGUUACGAGCCAAAGGAGUUCCAUUUCAACAUUAAGGCCUCCGCCGACGCUCAAUUCAAUAACAUUCAAUACAUGUACAUCGGGAAGAACGAGUCGAUGACUGAAGGAUUCGCCGGUUGUAUCUCCAGGGUCGAAUUCGACGACAUCUAUCCCCUCAAGCUCCUCUUCCAGCAGAAGGGUCCAGGAAACGUUCGUGUCCUAGGUGACCCCUUGACGGAAGACUUCUGUGGCGUGGAACCUAUCACGCACCCGCCCAACAUCAUUGAGACUCGACCGCCGCCUCAGGUCGACGAAGAUAAGCUCAGAGCUGCCUAUAAUGAAACCGACACGGCCAUUUUAGGAAGCGUACUAACAGUUAUCCUCAUUGCACUAAUCAUAAUGGCGGUCCUCAUUGGACGGUAUAUGUCCAGACAUAAAGGCGAGUAUUUAACGCAGGAAGACAAAGGUGCUGAAAUUGCACUGGAUCCUGAUUCAGCGGUUGUGCACUCGGCAACGGGUCAUCAAGUUCAAAAGAAAAAAGAAUGGUUCAUCUAGAGUGCAAAAUGAUUAUGACUUAACAGCACACGAACCACUUUCUGAUUUCCAUAACAGCUGCGACCUCAAUCUCAUCUCUCAUCGUUUCUUCUGCUAGACUGUCAUACAUUGGAAAUAAUUUCUGAUACUUGUAUGUCAUCAUUCUACAAAUCUAUUAUGAUAUGGAUAAAAUUUUCAUCCAUGCAAGGAUUGCGUCAUAUGUAACGCUGACAUGCUGGAUUUUUUUAAAUCUGGUAAUAACAGAUUGAUCCGUGCUUAGAUCGAGGACAUCGUAUUUCCAAAACUGAAGACCCAAAUAUCAUUGCGAUCGCUGUUGCCCAUUUUGCUAUUGUCACGAAUCGCCAUCAAGAAGUCUACGUGUGUAACAGCGGAAAAUGAAAUGUGCAUGGUUCGGCUCUUCUAGAUUUUGACAUUGGCGUAUUUAUCGUGCGUAGGAUAGAAUGCCAAUUGAAGAGACGAAUCAUCUGAAAUUUCACGAGAUUGAUUAGCUUUUACCAUUUUACUUCUUUCUUAAUUAUAUUAGGCGCCUAGAUAUUACUUACGAAUCAUUUUUAAUCUCUAAUAUAUGAAUCUCGUUUGAAAAUUAUUAAUAUCUUCGUUUCUUUAUCUUUAACAGCUGGUCUACAUUUAAGACAUUAAAAAAAAAAGAUCGGCAAGAGUUUGAAACAUCUGUUAAUGUACAAAGAAGAUAAAGAAAAUCGUCCGUAAAUAACUAAUUUUAUUUUUCUUUGAUGUUCUCUGACUUAGUUGUAAUGUUUACCGUCCAAAGUGCAUUUAGCAUUUUUUAUUUCUUUUAUUAUUCUGUUUAUUUUUUUGCAGAGUUUGAGAUUAGUUUAUUCCUUAAAUAUACGUUAGGGUGGACCCGAUACAAUAAUCAAACAAGUAGAGUCUAACGCUAUUUGUAAUUGUACUGACACACUUAACGAAACAAAUUACGCAAGGUGGACACACUGCGUCUGGUUUGCCUGCGUUUGUACAUACGCCAUUUUGAUAUGAGAAUAGCACUCUUAUUUUUUACCAUUAUUCUAUGUUUCUGACUCGAUAUUUAAUGCGAUAUGGAUUGAAAUUGAAAACAAAAACAAUAAAAGUAUACAGAAUUCUAAUACAUUCCAAAACGAUGAGUUAUCAUUUGACACUAUUACUGAAAUUUUAUUUUCCAUCUAUAGUGAUUAACGUCAAUUACUAUUCAAUACUAUGAACAAAUAUUUGCAAUCAAUCCUUGCAUCAUAUCAUCGUCUAAUUAUACAUUCCACACCCGUAUUAACAAAUUGUGCAUCAUCUGCGAUUAUACUGGCAUACUCGCUGCAAAACAAGUGAGAUCAAUAAAAUGAAACGCAUAAGAUAUACGUAAUCAUCAGACUUCUACUCGAGAAGCGAAUUAAUUUCUGAAAAAUACGAAUGACUUCCUAGUAAUUGUGCCUUCAAAUGACUCAACAAGGUCCUGGCUUUUAGUGAAAUCUUUUUUAAAUACUGUAAUGCGGUGUAGAAAGCUCAAAUUUAAGUUUGAAUUUUGCAAUGUUGCACGAUUAGCCAAUAUAUUCACUAGCAGAUGAAACUUUGUUUACUGGAUUUAUAGCACUUUUUAACGGGUAGAAAACCAAUUGGAUGAAUCAGUGUACAGUUUGUCGUAUUUGUAAUAAAUCAUUUUAGUACAUA